UUAUUAUUAUUUUUUUUGCAUAACUUUUUAGCGAUACUCUACCUACCGCGCCGAGAUCAGAAAAAGGUGAAGUGAAGGACCCCAAAACAACCGGUGUUAUCAUUUCUAGAUUUGGAGACUACAAACCACUACCAAUGUCAUGAUGAAGAUCAGUAAGUCAUUCAGGAUAGUGGCCCUCUGUUCGCUGGCUAACUUCAUCAAUGCUGCUGAUCGUGUCAUCAUGCCUAUAGCCAUAGUACCCAUGUCGGAUGUCUAUCGGUGGAACAUGUCACUGCAGGGAUGGAUCCUCAGUGCUUUUGCCUAUGGGUACAUCAGUAGUCAGAUCAUCGGUGGAAAGGCAGCUCAGAAGUUUGGUGGGAAGCUGACAUUGGGGGUAGCUGUCGCUGUAUGGUCGUUAUCAACUUUUCUGACCCCGGUUAUUGGAGGCUCUUUUACUGUACUGGUGAUGUCUAGAAUGAUACUUGGUUUUGCUGAAGGGUUCUGCUUACCAACAAUCUUCCAUAUCUUCGCUCAUAAUGUCCACACUGAUGAGAGAUCAAAGUCAUUUGGCUACCUCGUAGCUUUGGGAUCUAUGGGACAGACAGUCGCUGCAGUUAUCUGUCCUCGUCUCUCCUGGUCGAUGAUGUUCUAUGUGUUUGGAGCCAUUGGGCUAGUCUGGGUUUUAAUCUGGAUUAUGUUCUAUCCAAAAGAUACACCAGAUGAUGAUCCACAGAUGCUUCUCUUGCCAAAGGUUGAUACAACAAACAGUGUUUAUUGGAUGAGUUACAUCUCCCACCGGUCUCUAUGGGCCAUCUACAUAGCACACUUUGCCAUGAACUGGUCAAACUACAUUGUGUUGUCAUGGUUACCUACAUAUUUACAGAGGCAUCUAGGAGCAAAUAAACAAGAUGUCAGUUUCACAGCAUUGCCCUAUGUCAUGAAUUCAUUAGUUGGUGUUGCUGCUGGUCACUACGCCGACUAUCUCAUCUCUCAGAAGCACUGGACGACAUUAUCGGUGAGAAGAUUAAUGACCAGCAUCGGUCUCCUUGGACCAGCUCUCUUCAUUUUCCUUUUCGGUUCUGUCGAUCAUCUUGCUCUAGCUGUAUGUUUCAUAUCAAUAUCCCUUGGUCUUUGUGGAUGUAAUUCAUCAGGACACAUGAGUAACCAUGCCGACGUAGCACCUAAUCAUGCAGGAAUCACAUUUGCUGUUUCAAACACUUUGGCAACCUUGCCUGGCAUGGCAGCAGGACCUUUGACGGCAGCAAUGGUGGAUGCUUCUGGCCAGUGGACGUUGGUUUUCAUGGUUGCUUCGUUGGUCAACGUAGGGGGCGCUGUUAUCUAUUUCAGUCAAAGCUCAGCCAGCCAAGUGUUGUAGAUGCACCUGAUUUCUUUAGUAAAUGUUGCAAUUUAUUACUUUAAGAACAAAGGCAUUGUACUAUGUUUUAUUUUUAACGUUUUAUGUCUACUUUGAAGUGGCCAGUUUUAUUUCAAAGCUUCCCAUUGCGUGCAGACCCAUAUCUAAUCCUCCUUCAGACAUCAUUGCCCCUUGCAAUCAAUAGAACUAUGAAUAACCUGUGUGGGUAGAUAACACAUCCUUUUGCUCCUUUAUGGCAAGUAGUGAUUGCCACCAAGUUUGUCCUUUGAAUAACAACUACAAGGUACGAUAAUGUCUGAAUGUUACUGAUCUGCCACUAGUUAUAACUGGACGGAACUUAGAUGGUGCGUAGUACCUCACAAUGCAAGGUAUGCUAUUAUUUGUAUUGCGAUGUAUCAUACAUCACAAUUCUGCUAUGAGAAUAAAACGUGUUACCUAUUGCAACUUGUCAAACUUGUCAAAAGUUCGCAUUUGCAUCUUUUAGCAGGAAUCUCGCUAAAAGGGUGCUUUGUGUCAUCAGGUUGCAGCCUUCCUGUGGUGCACCUCCCAUUGUUUUGUCAAUGUUGACUGCGAUGAUAUGUAUGAAAACCUGCUCACAGGAUUCUUGUGGGAAAGGUGCAGCUCUAACUUUUAACAAGGCGUGAAUAUAAAUUUUCAAUAACAAGUUACUGAUUGGGUGAUUUCAAUUCCGUUGUUGGUGUUGGAAUUUGGAUUGCUUCCCCUAGUUCCAAAACCUAUUCUGAGUUUGUAAAACUAAUCCAGAUCACACCAUUGACAUCUCAACAACAAUUGAGUGACUUUUCAGGAUCAUCUUCACUUCACAAAAAUUGACCUAACACCAACACCACAAGGUCAACACUGAACUUGAAAACACCCAUUGCCUAUUCCAAUCUAUCACAAAUGGUGAUAACGUAUGAAUUCCAUGUUACUGAAUACCACUGGUGAUUGUUAGGGUAAUCCAUUCAAAGUGAUCAUGGCAUCUUAAAGCACCUUUUAACUUUGUUAUUCAUUGUGUUACAAUGACUGCUCUACAGGGUGACUUGGACCAUUUAUGACUAAUAGAACAAAAAUUGAGAUUGAAUAGGUCAGGGAUUUUUCACAGAUUAUAGUCUGACUAAAAAUCACACUUAAGUUCCCUAGUUGCCUGUGGGAUAUACCUCUUCUUUGUGGUAUAUAACUCAUCAAUUCGUUUGUUGAGAUGAUCCUCAUGGGAUGCGUUCUUCUGUAUAUUCUCAUUGAGAUUACUAAUAGAAUUUCAUGUGCAUGUCAGUAUGUAAGCAUGACUUUAAGAUAGACUUAAAUAUCUGUGAAUCACAUUUCUGUUUUGGAGCUUUGACCUCCUGUACGAAGAUGCAUCUAACACAGGGCUAGACAAUCAAACAGUAUUUUACCUGGAACAGGUUACAACUAUGUGGUUGGUCUUUGAAAAGGCCCAUUUGGUUUGGUGGCCAUAAAUUUCAAAGAAACGAGAUGAAAUAGAGAGGCAGAAGAUUGAAGAACGAUCUGCAUCAUUAUUUUUCAGGAUAUUGAUUGCUUAAUUGGACUAUUAUCUUCAUAAUUCAUAAGCUCAAAUUCACAAAGGUAGUUCUGAAAACCGUUGGUUGAACCCAUGGGUUAUGCAGAUUUCCUGUAUGAAUUACGCUGAAUUUACUGUGAAUAUUAAGAAAUGGCCAAUACUGAUCCACACAUUUUAGUCAUGCGUCUACUGUAGUUGGCUCAACCAUGGCAACAAGUGUCAGGUUAGUGCAGUGUGACAAAAGCGUGCAUCAGCAUUAGACAAUACAGGAAAUCUGCAUAAAUCAUGGGUUCCACGAAUGGUUUUAAAAACCACAUUUGUGAAUUCCGGCCAUUUACUCUGAAAUAUUUUGAAUUUUUACUGUUCAAAAUGUAUAAUUACUAAAUACACAUAUUAUCUUUUUUGCAGUAUAUUGUACCCCCCUUUCUUUGAAUACUGCAGGUAAUUAUUGAAAGUAUUCUUUCAAUUCAAUAUCUUAUGUUG